UGUCAUAAAUGUCAUAUCGUAAACUCGACCUCGUAAACUGAGGUUAUGUCUUAUGUUUAAACAAUGUCAAAUUCUAUAUCGUUUACAAAAGUAUUGAUAGAUUUGAACAGAAGAGAAAUAUAAUUUGCAAAAAAUGGAUUGGGAAUCAGAUGAUAUAAAAUUACUUUGUCGCCUUUGUUUAUCAAAAGCCGUGGUUAGUCAUUCUUUAUUGAAAGAAGAUAGAGCAAAUAUUUUGGAAUGUCUAACAUCAAUAAAAGUAACUGAAGAUGACUCUUUACCACAAAUUGCUUGUACUAAAUGUUGGCUCAAUUUGAAGUAUGCUUAUCGUAUUCAACAAAAUUUCCUUGAAGCUGAUGAAAAACUGAGACAAAUUAAUUUUGAAAAAGAAGUUACAGAAAACUUCAAUAUGACUGUGAAGAAAGAAGAAUAUUCUGAUAUCGAGCUAGUUGACAAUGAUCUAACAGAAGAAAACAAUAUCAAUAAUAGUUCUCUACAAACCGAAUCCAUUGAAUUCGAAAAUCGAACUGAUGAACAAGUAUUGGUGAUAUAUAAAGUUGAUAGAAAUGUCUCGAAUGAAGAUAAAACAAUUUUGGAUGAAAAAAUCGUUUGCAAAAUCUGUGGUGAUGAAGUUUUGGGUCGUAAUGUACUGGACCAUACCAGCAGUCAUUAUUUCUCAAGGAUUGAAUGUGACCAAUGUAAUAUAUGCCUAGAGAGCAUUGAUUCUUACCGAGAGCAUUGUUCCAAACAUCACUCAGAUAUUUCUGAAAAAUCUUGGAAAUGUGAGGUUUGCAACACAUCAUUCAUCUACAAGCCUUUAUACUUAAUCCACCAAAGUAGGGCUCAUAGAAAACGCACUAUCUUAGUCAUGAAGAAACCUUCUCAGGAUACAGAAAAAAUCUACGACUGUCCAUACUGUCACCGAAAAUUUUUGACGGAAUCGAGGAGUUUAACUCACAUCAAAAGCCACCAGAAAAAAAAGUGUGAUAUCUGCAAUGUUUAUAUCACCCCUUCAAACUUCAGCAAUCACUAUAAGGCCCAUUCUGAAGGUCCCGUGGUGUGCCAUCUGUGUGGGAUAACAUACAAAAAUUCAGUAUCUUUGAGGAGUCACAUACAUUAUACACACUCAAAAAGGACAUUUAUAUGCCAGUUUUGUCAAAAGACUUAUAAGAAAUCCUACGAUCUACUACUGCAUAUUAGGAGAGAACACCUAGGCGAGAAAAACCAUGUGUGCGAUGUUUGCGGGAAACGUUUCUACACUCUGUACACUUUGAACAAACACAAGAGGAUGACCCAUCAAAAACUUAGGCCAUAUCCGUGUCAGUACUGCAAAAAGAAGUUCUCAUCAAAGCACGCUCGAGUGACCCAUGAACGCCAGCAUACCAACGUGACGCCGUACAAAUGCGCAGAAUGUGGUAUGGGCUUCAGGCAGAACGUCUCUCUGAAGUCACACAGAAUAUCGGUUCAUAACUAUGUCGAAAAGUUGACGUGCAAGUGCGAAGUUUGCGGGAGAAAGUUUGGCAGCAAUUUUGCUGUUCUUAGUCAUAUGAGGUUACAUUGAAGUAUUUUGUAUGGUUCGAAUUAUAUUUUAUUAUUAGUUAAUUAAAGUUACAUCUUGAA